AGUGUCUCCUUAUGGUUUCGCUUUAUUUGAUCACCUACUUUAGAUGGAAGAGGAGAGCAUACACGUGUUAUCUCCAGCUAAUAAGCAGUCAGUUUAUCGACCGUUGACGGAUUCUCAUUUCAUGUGAUUCACUUCUGUCUAUCAUUACGUCAUAUCGUAUGGCAUCAACAUACUGGGGAUUCCCCUUCUUCUUCUAGCGCCAUCUCUAGAUGUGACAUCUGUCGGAUUAUAGAGAGACUGCAGGACUUCACAAAUGUGUAGUCAGUGAAUGUGUUUAGGUAAUUUGAAUUUUAUACAGAGGAACAGAGAACAAACACCGAGAUGCCUUUGCAAUCCCCAGUGAUUCGAGAUCUAUCAUUAUGGAACUCCAGGGUUUCGAAAAGUGUGUGGGAGAUAUAUACUCCAGACAAAAAUAGUUUGUACUGGUCUAUUUUAAUCUCAUAUUUGAUUCCUUCGGUACAUUCAAAAAACCCAGUCGACUUCGCUAAGAGAUUAAAGAACCUUAAAGAUGACAGUUUAGAAAGUCAGUCUUUGAUGGGCAAACUGGAGAACUUUAACCCAUUUAAGAAAAAGCACGCAUUCCAUUUUGGAGAUAAUAUGGCGGUAGUUAUGCAAAAGUUUAAGAAAAGAAUUAAUCAAAGAACAAAUUUUCGACCAUCUGGAGUUAAUGUCGAUGAUCUUAAACUUGCUGCUGCAUCUGAAAUGCUAAAUUGCUUUAUCGAAGUAUACCGGCUAGAUUCAACAGGAAUUCAAAAAAAGGAGACUUUCUCUCCUAGAGCACAAUCAAUUGUCUCCUCUUCGAAUCUAAGCACUAUAAUAAUAUUUUACCAUCCGGAGACUCAGCUGAAAAACAGAGUAAAGGAUACCUUCGGAUUCGGAAUGGUGUUCGAAAUUGCACAGCCCUUACGAGAAAAAGCUCUAACCUUCAUUUUGAGAAAGGACAAUUUUUUGAAAGAAAAUAACAUUAAGAUUCAACAGGUAGUUCGGAACAGCGAAAAUUUUCUUAUUUCGUUGCUCAAAAGUGAUGUUAAGGACGCUAUACUGAGAAUUUAUAAAUCCCCAUACAUACUGGCAAAGCUGCAGAAUGCGGGUUACAAUACGAAUCCUCUCGUAAAAGGAAAUGAGGGUCUCUCAGCUUUUUACUUUAGCAUGCAGCUGAUGGAUACACAGUAUCUGAAUAUAUUGUAUAGCUAUGUUUCAAAUAACUUUUUUAAGCCAGGUGAAUCUUGUAGGAAACCUAAUGAAGAGAUUUUAAAGAAGUUGAGUGAUCUGAAAUGUGCCUUUGAAACAGAUUUUGGAAAUUCGACCGCAUUUUCAUUAUUGCCCCCUUUCGUCGUUCAAAGAUAUACAGAAAUUUUGAAGUUUAAUAAAUAUCAAACGAAAGUGGCGAAAAUAAUGAAGGAUAAUCAACAGAAUAAUAUUGAAGAUACUAUUUUGGCUAUUUUUAAAGAGUACACUGAUUAUUUUUUGUAUCCCAGCGAUGCACACAAUGAGUUUGAAAAUUAUCUUAAAUUUAGCUAUUAUUAUGAAAGUCUGGAUAGUUAUACCUGUCUUUUGCUUUUUGACAGUCUACUUUUAGUAAAAAGGAAAGCUUAUUCUGACUUAGUUGAGCCUCUUUUUCUAAUGAUGAUGAGCAAUAAUUAUUUCCCACAAAAAUUACACAAUCAUGAUAGUGGUACCCUUUUAGGUUGUAAGGGAUGUGCUCACCGGGCUAUCCCGUUCAAAUAUAGAACGAAUUUCUUUAAAGUAUUAAAGAAAGUUCUCAAUAAAAUAGAAACUGGUCCAGAAGGAGCCAUCGCUUCACCUGUUGAUAUGAUUCUCAGAAGUAUCCAAAGCAUUCCGAAAGAUGAGUUUCUUUUAGAAAGAUUAAAGACAUCACUAAAGACUGCAAUAAACGUUGAAGUGAAUGACACAAAAAAUGUUCUGACAAUUUUCAGAACUCUUCAAGUUUUAGGUGAAGUCAUUGCAACUUCAACCAAUGAAAAUUUUGUCAGUGGUUUUCUUUUGUCCGCUCAUAUACCUUAUGACCUUGAACUGGCCCUGAUGGACAUACGGAAUGACAUUUCACAUUAUAAAGCUAAUGUCAUUCAAGGCAGGCUAAACCUAGAAACUCGCAUUGGUCUAUUUCAAAAAAUUCAGGAUGAGUUGAAACUUAUUUAUCAGACAUUGGAACCAGUCUUUUCUUGCCAACAGUUUAAAAUGAAAGAAUAUAUUAUACAGUCCGCGUCGCCACUUUUUUACGUUUCUAAUGAAGAACUUAAGAAUAUCGCAGUUGAUCGAGAAACUUGGAGCAAGACAAAUCGGGAUCAGUUUAAAUCAUACACUGUGAAUGUUUUCAGGUUAUUCGAGCGAGUUUUAAAGAAAUCGUUCCCAAAAAUGAAUGAUCCUAAGAAAUAUUUUCAGAGAAUUAAACGACUUCAAGAUGGCGCAAAAGCCUUAAAUUUCGUGUUUAGCUUCAAGGUCAAAUUUGUAGAUCCGAUGACAAUACAACAUCUAAUAGAUGCCGGGGACGAACUUCAAAAUAUCAUUACAUCUCUCGAGAAAAGCGAACCGACCGACCAAGAUAUUGCAAAACUGCAAGGUAAUUUCUUAAAAUAUAAAUCACUGCUAAAACAAGUUUUCAAUCUUGAUGUGAAUGAUGCUAAUUCUGAGCUGAAGUGUGAAAAUUUGAUUCAUUUAAAAGAAAAUUUGAGAGACUUCAAUGUCUUUGAAAAAGCAGAAAAUUUAAAAAUCAGAAAGAUAAUUUUGGAUUUUUUAGAACCUUCAUUUCAAGCUACAAUGAAACUUGAAACCGCUUUAAGGAAUUCUCAAAUUCUCCCAGACCUCGAUCAAGUCUUGGAUCAAACAUAUCUUCCAAAUAAAAAGCGGAAAAAAAUUAAAGUAACCUUUUUAUCAGAACCAACCCAAAAUUUAAAGAUUUUGGAGGACUUUAGCUAUAACAGCAAAGAUAAAGCAUUAGGCAAAGAACAUGAAACUACGCAAAAACUGGUGGAAAUGCUUGCAAAAGAAGAAUAUAAAAAAGUUUUGCUACAACUUUCUUCAACCUUCGAAAAAUCACUUGAGAAUAAAUUCCUAAAAUUAGUAAAUCAAAAAAUAGAAUUUCUGAUUAAAAAAAUAAAUUUGAUUGAAAAUAUUUUGAUUGACGAAGAGGAUGACAUCAGAGAUUUAGUCAAGUGGGGUAGAAGCGAUGAAAUAAAGGAUUACAACAAAUUUUUAAUGCGCCAGCGAUAUGUAAUGGAAUUAGAUGUCAAAUCAUCAUUAGAAAUGUUAUUAUUUGACUGCAUGAACAUAAUGGACAAACGGAAGGAUCUUGUGGAUAUUUACACCAAAAUGGAUAAUAUGUUUGCCGGUGUCGACUUACGAAACAUUUUAUCGCAUGGUAACAUUUUGAUUGAUACUCUUGGAACAUUGUUGGAUCCUGAUGAUUUACCAUCGGAAAUUAUAAUUAAAAUGUUAGAAUUGAUUGAUGAUAAAAAAGCUUUAAAAGCUCUAUCAGAUUUGUGGAUAAAAAAGAAGCCAAUGACUACUGAGGAAUUAGAAAGGUUAAUAAAAAACCAAAAUGAAUGUCAGAACCCAAACGAUGUAAUAAAUUGCCCUCGUUGGAAAAGUUAUGCCGUGUUUUUGCCAACAAGACAAUAACACACUAAGUAAAUUUUAGAGAAAUAUUUUUUUCUUCAUUUGUUAAGAAAUCAUAUUAUUUAUAGAUUUUGUUAUGAUUCUUGUUAAUGUUUAAAAAUUUUAUUUAACCCAUAAUUACAAAAUUGUUAAAAAAUGCUAUUAAAAUUUUUUUUUAAUGUGACGAAAUUGACAAUUUUUCUAGUAAUUUUUCAA